AUGCAGAAAUCAAGACCAAGACUCUCUUCUAACCAGACGAAAUUCCUGUGUUUAGUGUACAAGCACAAUCCCCGGCCAUGCACGACUUUGCGAAACCAAAUAGCCAAAGACUUCGGCAUGUCGCCGCGCAGUGUACAGAUCUGGUUUCAGAAUAAACGGGCUAAAGAGAAGCGAGAAGGUUUAACCCGAUCUCGAGAGGCGUGCGAAUCUUACGACAACUCUGAGGAAGAGCUAGUGGAUGUUCCGUUUCUCAACUCGCAGGUUGGUUCUUAUGAGGAGUACUUUAAGUUCCUUUCAUCGCGAAAGUAG